CUCGCAGAGUCGCACAUUCAACGUCAUCGUCAGUCUGUGAUUGGCGUUGCCACGGAAAGGUCGAUCAAGCAUAUGUUCGUACGUACGUAUGUACUUAAGGUAUACAGAAUUACAACUUCCCACAAUAUGACUCUGUAAGUUAACAGAGCUCUGUAGUUCUUAACAGAAUUCUAUCACUUAAAGUUGGCUGUUCCUAAUAUGGCGGCGUUGCCAGAUCGUUUUAAUGCGGGUAAGCGCCAAUUUUGGUGCGAGUUUUUGAAACUGUAUCAACAAAUGCCGGAGCUGUGGGAUGUUCACCAUACGGAUUACAGAAAUAAGGAAUUACGAAAUGAAUCAUACGAAAUUCUUCAGACAAAGCUGACAGAGAUUGAGCCGAAUGCAACGAAAAGCGAUGUAGGACGACGUAUCAAUAUUUUCCGUACAAAUUAUAGACGAGAACAGAUGCGAAUAUUGAAACAACAAAGUUUGGGACUACAUCCAAACUUGUGUAAGCCGACGUUAUGGUUCUACGAAAAUAUGAGUUUUCUGCAGACGCAAGAGUCUUUUCAACACAGGGCGAAGAGGACGCGUAUGUGGCCCAAUCCUGACGAGCCACCAGCUAAUAACUUUAAGCCAGAUAAUACGAUGGAUCCACUGGACACAGCAUCAACAGUUUUCUUAACAGGUGCAAACAAUAACCGUGAGACUUCUUUACCAACUGAGUUUGACGAGAGCAUGCUUCUCAGUCCAAAGAUUGAAAUAUUUGACAAUGACCAGUGUAUGGAAACCAAUAGACAAGUGCAGAAUGCAGAUGACAUUAAGAUAGAUAGCGCUCGUAUUAGUGGGUCAGAUGCUAACGAGCCAGUUGGCUCUUCCUCAUUAACUAUGACUACAGUGAAGAGUCUAAAGACUGAAAACACAUCGCCAAUUAUAAGUGAGGCCUCCGAAGCAUUAGCAAAGUCUUGGGCUAUUCAAUACGAGGAGAUGACUCCUACGCAACGAAUUCUGGCUCGGAAGGCUAUCGCGGAUAUUCUCUUCGAGGGUUGUAUGGGCAAUUUGCGUGUUAAUCGUGGAGAUCGAACGACUGUAGGUAAUCAUGUUUAAGAAAUUUAAAUAUAGUUUGAUAAUGUAAUAUAAUUUGUAAUGUGUAUAUAAUUAAUACAAAGCAAAACUUCAAU